CCAAAAUCAUCAACUGAAAUUGGUGUUACAAGUAUAUGUAAAGAAUAUAACCAUCUUAUAUUACAUGAUGUAGAAUUAUAUACUUCUAAAUAUCGAAAAUUAUCAGAUAGUAUAAUGAAGAACAUUAAACUUUAUAUUACUAAAAAUAACAUAGAAGCAAAACAAAUAUACUCUUUACUAGUUGCUAAGUUUUUAGACUAUAAUAUAUUAAAAAGGUUUAAAUCAUCUUUUACAAACUGA